UGACAUCUCAUUGAAUAAACAAGAAUAUUUGGUACAACAGAGACAUUUCAAGCAAACGACGUGAAACGGUGCGCAGAAGGGCUUCGGCACGAGUGGCAACGCAGUGUUGCCUCAGGAAGGUCUUAUAAACAUCACAUGACAACUCUCGGCUGAUCUCUUCCGUUUUGCCUCACUUCUGUGUGUUCUCUCUCUGGUGCUGGGGUUGUGGUCGUCCUUACUGCGUAGGUCAAGUUCCGAAGCCACCAUGAAGCUGCCUGGCUUUGGGUUAGCUCUCCUCCUGGCAGCAUGUGUUCUGCAUGGUGAGACUACCAUGUUAGGAUCCAGGAAGUGCACAUUUGGUCCGAGUUACUGGUGCCACUCUAUUCAAAAUGCUAAGGAGUGCAAUGCAGUUAAUCACUGUAUUCAGACAAUAUGGGAAAACCUGGCAUUGCCUGAAGAUAAUGAUGACAUCUGCACCUUGUGUAAGAACAUGGUUAAGGAGGCCAGAGACCAACUUCUCAGUAAUGAAACCCAGGAAGAGAUUCGCGAGGUGUUUGAUGGGUCCUGCCGUCUCAUCCCUAUUAAGUUAAUAGCUGAUGAAUGUGUAGAUAUUGCCAACGACUUCAUUCCCGAAUUGAUUGACACACUGGCAUCUCAGAUGAACCCCCAGUUGGUCUGUGCCACUGCAGGCCUUUGCAACUCUGCCAGAGUUGACAAACUCAUCAGUGAAAAUCAGGUUGCUCUUCAAGGAUUCAACCCUAAUGCAGUAAAGCAUUCAGGGGAACAUCCACAACCAGGGGACUGUGAAUCUUGCAGGGACUUCAUUGCACGAACCAUCCGCCUUGUCAAGACUCACUCACGAGCUGAGCUCAUGGACAGAUUGAUAGCUAUAUGUGGACGUUUUGGAUCUCUCUCUGAUGGCUGCAGUGCCUUGGUUGAAGCUAACUUCGACGAUAUUUACAAUUUCCUGACAGAUCAGCUGACACCAGAAGACUUCUGUGACCUAGUUGAAAUGUGUGAAAACAGAAUGCACCAGAGUGGACAGUACACUCGUCCUGCACUUUCACACUCUGGUGAUGAACCUUGUGACUUCUGUGAAGCAAUUGUGCAACACUGGAGGGAGAUUCUUACAGCAAAUACCACUGAAGAAGAAUUCAAAGAGAUCCUAGAUGGUUUGUGCCAUCAGACUGGCAGGUUCAGCAAGAAUUGUCUUGCUUUGGUAGAUGAAUAUUACCAAAUUGUAUACAGCUUCUUGAUGUCUGAAAUCCAUCCCAAGGAAAUCUGUGAAGCUGUAGGACUCUGUGGUGCUAAUUCAGUUUUCAAUGGAGAGCAUCCAGCUUGGACAGUGCUUGAUGUAAGGCAUAGAGUUGCACAAACUCCUCUCAGGCCAUCACUGAUGGUUGGGCAACACUUGAUUGGUGGAGAUGAGAGCAGUGCCAUCAGAUUUGAGAAUGAAAACCAAGGUUCAAAUCUGCCGCGUGUGAAGCUAUCAAAAAGUGGCAUUGAUGUGUCAAGUGCUGGUAGGAAUGGGAUGUUGGCUGCACCUGUUGGAAAGGGACGUGUUGGGGAUGACAACAAGUGUGUGAUGUGUGAAUUUGCUCUUCAUUUCCUCCAGAAUAUGCUUGAGCAGAAGGACACUCGUAAGGACAUCGAAGAUGCUGUUGAAAGGCUGUGCACCAUGAUGCCCCAUUCACUGGCAGAGGAGUGUGAGGACUAUGUAGAUGCCUAUGGUGACCAAGUUAUCGAGUUGCUGGCUCAAGAGAUUGACCCAUCCCAGAUCUGUCCUAUGCUGCAUCUCUGCCCAUCUGAAGGGGAGACAGAGGAGGCAGUACAGGUCACUUCUGGAAAACCUGACGUAUCUUGUGUUGUGUGCGAGUAUGCUUUGACACAGCUGGAGGACAUGCUGGAAGAUAACAGAACUGAAGCAAGCAUUGAGACUGCUCUUGAAAGGUUGUGUGCCCUUUUGCCCAAGUCAGCACGUAAGGAAUGCAACAUGUUUGUUGAAUUGUACACUGAUCAGGUCAUACAGAUGUUGCUCAACAACUUGUCCCCGGAUGAAAUAUGCACUAACCUGGGACUGUGUAAGCAAACAGAAAGUGCAUUGCCUAUGCUUGAUGCCUCUCACCAGUUGCCAGUCUCUCGCAUGUUUGUCCCAGCUGUAUCAUCACAAACGACAGACGACUUCGAGAUGACACAGUCUGCAGCAUGUGUCUUAUGCGAGUUUGCAAUGGUUCAGGUUGAUGACUUGCUCUCAGAAAAUGCUACUGAGGAUGCAAUAAUUGAAGUUGUGGACUUCGUUUGUGCUCAUAUGCCAGGUGUUCUUGCUGAUGAUUGUAUUGGCUUCAUUGAACAGUAUGGUGAUGCUAUCAUCAAGUUAUUGGUUCAUGAACUUAGUCCAAAGACUGUUUGCCAACAGAUCAAGCUUUGCAAACCUCCAUCAUUUGAAAGUAUGAGAGCCCUUAUUAAUAUUAGAAUGGACAAAUGCCAAGUUUGUGAGGGAGUUGUUAACUAUAUUGACAAGAAACUAAAGGAUGGAGAUGCAACAACCACCAUUGACACUGUUCUUGAAGAAGUUUGCCGACUCUUCCCCAAUAAUGCAAAGGACACGUGCCGCAGCAUGAUUGAAGUUUAUGGACCCUAUGUAGUGAACCUUCUUGCUGAACUAGGGGACUCAAAGCGUGUGUGCCAGGCCGUAAAAAUGUGCCCCCACCACACUUCAGAACCACUCCUGGGAGCUGAGAAGUGCACUUGGGGUCCUUCUUAUUGGUGCCAGACCAAGAUGCAUGCAACAGCCUGUAAGGCAACUGUUCACUGUGAAACGAAGGUGUGGAAGGGAGUUGUUCCUGCCGUUUAAAGAUAAAGGAUUGAUUGAAGAAGAGGAGGAAGAAAAGAAAAAAAGAAAGAUGCAGAUGAAGACAGAGUGGAUGUAGAUAUUGGAAGUGCUUUUUUUUUCUUCAAAAAAGCAGCAAUGAAAAAAUAGAUCAAAUCAAUUGUUUAUUGUAUACACUUGUCAUUUUGAAAAACUACUGUCUGUGAUGAAUAUUUUUUUAUGCUUGAUGAUUGUGAUUCCUCCAAUUUGGCUUGUAUUUUGUUUUGUUAGUUGUAAGGAAUA